AAAUACAAACUAACUAAAAUGAAAAAUAUAUUCAAACAUAUAUCUACCUCAAAAUCACAUUCGGGCCAGAUAACAAGAAGCCCAGGCCCAACACCCUUCAUUAAACGGCAUCGUUUGAAGCACGAAAAACAGAGACGACGAGGGAAGAAGAAACUGGAAAGAGCGAGACGCAGAGAGCUGCAGGUAUUUCCCGAAAAGUCAGAGAGCAGCUCAAAGAAAAUGGAGAUCACGAUCCGUCCAUUUAAAAUCUCAGACAUCGACGACUUCAUGGUCUACGGCUGUGAUGAAAGGGUGGCGCGGUUGACCCGCUGGAAUGCUUUCAACUCAAAGGAAGAAGCGUUGACUUUCCUCAAAGACUUUUGCAUCCCACAACCAUUUUUCAGAUCAAUAUGCAUAGACGACCAUUCGAUCGGAUACGUCUUCGUCAUGCGGGGUUCAACCGAGUACGAAAAGUAUAAGGCUGUGUUGGGGUAUGCGGUGGCUGCAGAGUAUUGGGGUAAAGGUAUAGCAACCACGGCGGCGAAGAUGACUGUUCGUCAAGCUUUUAAGGAAUUUCCAGAUUUGGUGAGGCUUGAAGCUUUUACUGCAGUGGAAAAUGAAGCAUCACAGAAGGUGUUAGAGAAACUAGGGUUCACUAAAGAGGGUGUUCUGAGAAAAUAUGUGUACAUCAAAGGUGCGAAUGUAGAUUCAACCAUAUUUAGUCUUCUAUCUACUGAUCCUAUGCCUUAGAUCCUUCAUCCUUCAAUUCUUCUUUUCGGUAUAAUGUUUGAAAAAUCUUAGUGACGUUUUCAUAAACUGAUAAUGAAUGUUGAAUCUUCAAUUCUUCAAGCUAAA